AUGGCAUGUACGUGUCGGCGGUUGCAGGUGCCAACCCUCUUUCACUCUGAGCUGCACCUGCUGCAGCUCUUUGACCUGUUUUGUGGUCGCGACCUUCUGGAGAUGAUGCUUGCCAUUACCGGCGCAGACGAGCUGCGGCUGCUUCCCAGCUACACGAUUCGUCCCAAAAUGCCCCACCUGGAAAGUCACAAUCUGCCCUGGCACCAAGAUGGGGGCCUCGAUGAACACGGCCAACCCCAGACGCGCGACAUUGCCGACCUCCUCGAAGCUUUUGGUCUGCACGAUGGCUACUUUCGGACCAUCAACUGCUGGGCGCCGCUCGUGCAAGCCAACAAGGCAGCGGGAUGCCUACGCUUCAUCCCUCAGAGCCAUCGCCAGGGCCUCCUGUCUCACCUAGAACUGAGCCAAACUGCCAAUGGAGGUCCCAAGCACCCCACGCAGGUUGAGCCGGGCAUCAUGGCCGAACUCGAGCCACAUGCUGUGGACAUUGAGACGUCGCCCGGAGAUCUUGUUUUGUUCAGCAACUUGCUGGUCUAUAGCGAUCAACUCAAUGAGCGUCAAGGUUACGUCCGCUGGAGCGCCGAGUGGCGCUAUCAGGAUGCCGAGCAAGUGGCCGCAACGGAACCAGGCCUCGGGCACAUUGUCCGCUCGCUAAUUGAUAUCGACAACGAGAUCCAGUCGCCCCAAGAGUGGGCCCUGGCUUCGGCUUGA